CAGCUAGCAUCCUGAGUGGGAACCUCCUCUGCACUUGCUUGUGAUCCAAAAGCAGAAAAUAAAAUCUGCCUGAACCCCAGCUUUUCAGAAUGGCAGGGAAAACAGCCAUCAUGAGUGAGGACAACAAGAAUUCUCUGGAGCAAAUCCUUCCGCAGCUGAGAUGCCAUUUCACGUGGAACUUAUUUAAGGAAGAAAGUGUCCCUCAUGACCUCGAAGAAAGAGUGUGUAACCAGACUGAAUUUUUAAACUCUGAGUUCAAAGCUACAAAGUACAACUUGUUGGCCUACAUAAAACACUUAAAGGGUCAAAACAAAGCAGCCCUGCAAUGCUUACAGCAAGCCGAAGAGUGCAUCCGGCGAGAGCACGCUGACCAGGCAGAGGUCAGAAGCCUGGUCACCUGGGGAAACUACGCCUGGGUCUACUAUCACCUGGGAAGAUUCGCAGAAGCUCAGGUUUAUGCUGACAAGGUGAAACAAGUCUGCCAGAAGUUCUCAAAUCCUUACAGUAUUGAAUGUCCUGAGCUGGACUGUGAGGAAGGGUGGACACUGGUCAAGUGUGGUGGGAAAAAAAUUGAAAGGGCAAAGGUGUAUUUUCAGAAGGCUCUGGAAGAGAAACCCAACAACCCAGAAUUCUCCUCUGGACUGGCCAUCGCAAUGUACUACCUGGAUGAGAGGCCAGAGCACCAGUCCCCUGUGGAAAUUCUGAGGCAGGCCGUUGAGCUGAGUCCCGACGAUCAGUACAUCAAAGUUCUCCUGGCCCUGACGCUGCAGAAGAUGAAUGAACAAGCUGAAGGGGAACAGCUGGUUGUCGAGGCUCUGGGAAAAUCUCCUUGUCAAACAGAUGUCCUUUGCAGUGCAGCCAAAUUUUACCAAGGAAAAGGUGAUCUAGACAAAACAAUUGAACUGUUGCUAAGGGCACUGGAAUCCAUACCAAACAAUGCCUACCUCUAUCACCAGAUAGCAUGCUGCUACGAGGCAAAAGUCAAACAGAUUCAACAUACCGGAGCAUCUGAAGCUAGUCAGAAAGGAGAGAAGAUUGAAGAACUAAGGAAACAUGCUAGAAACUAUGUGAGUAAAGCGACUGAGAAGGGACCAAAUCCUCCGCAUGCAUAUGCUGAUGAGCUCCUGGAAAACAAAGACUGUUAUGAGACAGCUUUCAGUAAGGAGCUCCCCAGCACCAAGGGACAAGAGCUCCACCAGCAUGACUGCAGUCCUCAGGAGGAUCAUGAGAUAUCUGAAGACACUGCAGUCCAGUGUUCUUUAGACGGUUUAUCCAUAAGCACAAAAUCAACUGAGAAAGAAAAGAUGAUAUUUCAGCUACAGAAUGUAGCUAAAAACCAGCUACCACAGAAUGGACCAUAUUCUUGGUCUCUCCAAGGCUUAAUUCACAAGAUGAAUGGAGAGCUGCUGCAGGCGGCUGAAUGCUAUGAGAAGGCACUGGAUCACCUCCUAAGGAACCGCCCUUCAGGCAUAGGCAGCAUUUUCCUGCCAGCAACUGAGCAUGAAGAAGGCAGUGAGGAAAUGGAGCAGGAUGCAGACAGCUCUAGACUCAGAGAGCUUCCCGACCCCUGA